UCUCAGUAUAAACAGUAUACAUAUCAUAUUAUCAUUUUUUAUAACUAUCCAAUAUCCGUGUAUUAUGCAUCCAUGCAAUAUUUAAAAAUGUAUUAAAUACGCAAGUUUCUCAUUUCUAUAUAGGUAUAUGUACUACUUGCGGUAGCAUAUGAAGUAUGUAUGUAUGUAUAUCUUUAUAGUACAUGCACGUAAGGCCCAAUAUGCGAAGAGUAGAGAAGUAGACAGUGCCGGCCCCACUCUGGGCCUAAGGGAGACCUGAGGUCACAUUCCAAGAUGGCUGUGCCUGAGGAAUGCAGUGGGUGCCCCCCUAAGACGCCUUCCUCCCUCCCUUUUUAUUAAUCGAACCAAUUCACUCAUUCUAGCAAAUACUCUGAUUAUUAGGACGAAAUAACUAAUGUCAAUGUUUAAUCGAUUAAUGUCGUCAAAAUUUGAAACUAGUAGUACGUGAGAAAUAAAUGUGAGUGAGGAAAAGGAAGUGGUGUUGGAAGUCCUAGGAAAGCCUUACAUAUAUUCUAAAAUGUGUGGCCUUAUCUAAUUGAGCUCCCUCGCCGCAGAUAAUGCUCAUGCAGGAGGAUGCUACCUGUUCGUCUUAAACAAUGUCUCAUAGGGAUAUCUCUGAGGUGGAGCCCGAAGGUACGUCGGCUUUGGCUGCUGGAUCGCGGUCUCUAUUUUUAGAGACAGUCUGUCGUAGCAAUGCAGCUUGUCAAAAUGGUGAUUAUGCACUUGCUGCAAGCUUAUACACAGAAGCUCUUGCUUUGGAUCCUCUUAGUCAUGUGCUGUAUUCAAAUAGAUCAGCAGCACGACUCAAAAUGGGUUUAUUUGCACUUGCUCUUCAAGAUGCAGUUAGAGCUACCGAACUUAGUCCUCAAUGGCCAAAGGCAUAUUACCGCCAAGGAGUAGCUUUACAAUGUUUAGGAAGGCAUGGAGAGGCCCUCGUGGCUUUCAGUACAGGUCUGGCACACGAUCCUUCUAGUUGUCAACUAUUGUCUGGCCUGGUAGAGGCAUCUUUAAAAUCUCCGCUGCGUGCAACAUUGGAACCAACGUUUCAACAAUUGCGUGCAAUGAAACUUGAUGAAUCUCCUUUUGUUGUUAUUUCUGUUGUUGGUCAAGAACUUCUUGGGGCAGGACAGUAUAAAGCUGCAGCUGGUGUAUUGGAAGCUGCACUAACCAUUGGUUCGUGUAGUUUAAAAUUAAGGGGUUCUGUAUUUUCGGCUUUAUCCAGUGCAUACUGGGCAUUAAAUUCUUUGGAUAAAGCAAUAAAUUAUAUGCAACAAGACUUAGGAGUGGCACGAUCUUUAGGAGAUACGCAGGGUGAAUGUCGAGCUCAUGGAAAUUUGGGCUCUGCGUAUUUUAGCAAAGGUAGUUUCAAAGAAGCUUUAACAGCGCACAGAUAUCAAUUGGUUUUAGCUAUGAAGUGCAAAGACACUCAAGCUGCAGCUUCUGCUUUAACAAGCUUAGGUCACGUUUAUACAGCAAUUGGUGAUUUACCGAAUGCGCUUGCUUCCCAUAAGCAAUGUGUACAAUUGGUUAAACAAAUGGGAGAUCGACUUCAGGAAGCACGGGAAAUAGGUAACGUGGGAGCAGUUUAUUUAGCGAUGGGAGAAUUUGAAAGUGCUGUUGAUUGUCACACCCAGCAUUUGAGAAUAGCAAGACGACUAGGAGAUCGCGUAGAGGAAGCAAGAGCUUUUAGUAACUUGGGAUCAUCUCAUCACUAUAGAAGAAAUUUUGGUCAAGCAAUGGCUUAUCACGAAAACGUUCUAAGAAUAGCUCAAGAACUCGGCGAUAGAGCAAUAGAAAUGAGAGCAUAUGCUGGAUUGGGUCAUGCUGCAAGAUGUGCAGGCGAUCUUGCACAAGCCAAGCUGUGGCACCAGAGACAACUUGACGUUGCAUUAGCUACAAAAGACAAAGUAGCUGAAGGACGAGCAUGCAGCAAUUUAGGCAUAGUAUAUCAAUUACUUGGUGAACAUGAAGCUGCACUUAAAUUGCAUCAAGCUCAUUUAGGAAUUGCUAGAUCGUUGGGAGAUAAAGCUGGCAUGGGCAGAGCGUAUGGAAACAUCGGAAACGCUUAUAAUGCAUUAGGAUAUUAUGAACAGGCUAUUAAAUAUCAUAAACAAGAAUUAACAAUAAGUAAAGAGGUCAAUGAUCGUAGUUCAGAAGCUAGUACACACGGGAAUUUAGCGGUAGUAUAUCAAGCUGUACAAGGUCAUGAGGCAGCAUUAAGGCAUUAUAGAGCUCACUUAGUUAUUGCACGGGAGUUGAAAGACACCGCGGGUGAAGCAUGUGCUUUACUUAAUCUUGCCAACUGUUUGUCAUCUCGUGGCAGAUUUGAAGAAGCAGUCCCAUACUAUGAAAAUUACCUUAUGUUGUCCCAAGAGUUGCAUGAUGUCGAAGGAGAAGCAAAAGCGUGUCACUUUUUGGGUUACGCUCAUUACUGUUUAGGCAAUCAUCGUGAAGCUGUCAGAUAUUAUGAUCAAGACUUGGCAUUAGCCAAGGAUUUACAGGACAAAUCAGGAAUGGGAAGAGCAUACUGUAAUUUAGGAUUAGCACAUUUAGCUCUUGAAAAUUUAGAUACUGCACUAGAAUGCCAAAAAUAUUAUUUAGCUAUUGCGCAUAUGACUAAGCAUUUAGCUGGAAAAUUUCGAGCGUUGGGAAAUAUUGGUGAUUGUCUCUUGCGUCUUGGUGAAGCUGAAGAAGCGAUAAAAAUGCACCAACGACAAUUAAAUUUAGCCCGUCAAGCUGGCGAUCGGAGUCUAGAAGCUGCUGCUUACGGAGCGUUAGGUAUAGCUCAUCGGACGAUAAAAAAUUUGGAUAAAGCUCUAGGAUUUCAUACUCAAGAAUUGACUUUAAGACAAGAAGCCGGGGAUUUGCGUGGUGAGUGUAGAGCUCACGGAAACUUGGGCGCAGUACAUAUGGCAUUGGGUCAAUAUACUCAUGCGGUUAAGUGUUAUCAAGAACAGUUAGAAAGAUCGAAAGAAUUAGCUGAUUCAGGGGUCGAGGCCCAAGCAUUAGGAAAUUUGGGGAUAGCUAGACUGAAUAUGGCACAUUAUGAAGAUGCAAUUGGAUAUUUUGAGCAACAACUAGCAACUUUAGAACCUUUGACUACGGGUACAGCUUUGUUAGACAAAGCCAGAGCUCUUGGCAAUUUAGGUGAUUGUUAUGAAGCAUUAGGAGAUCCAGAAGAAGCUAUUAAAUGUCACGAACAGCAAUUGGCAGCUGCUACAAAGUUAAAAAGCAUAAGGGAACAAGAAAGAGCAUAUCGAGGAUUAGGUAGAGCUCGAGAAGCGACCGGGAAUUUGCAAGAAGCAUUGGUUUGCUUUGAAAAAAGAUUGGUGGCCGCGCAUGAAGUUGACAGUCCAGAAUCAAGAGGUGCUGCUUAUGGAGAUUUAGGUAGAGUACAUGCUGCAUUAGGUAAUCAUGAACAAGCUGUAAGUUGUCUGUCGCAUCAACUUGCUCUUGCUAGAGGACUUGGAGAUAAAGCUGCUGAAGCUGAAGCCGCUAGUGGAUUAGGAGCGGUUCAUUUGUUAAUGGAUGAUCCAAACUCUGCUUUGCGACAUCACCAAUUAGAAUUAUCAAUUGCUGAAAGUUUAGAUGCAGCUGGAUUACAAGCUAGAGCUUGUGCGAAUUUAGGUGUGACUCAAGAAGCUUUAGGACAAUUUGAAGAAGCUAUAAGAUUGCAAGAACAGUCGCUGAGUCUUGCAGCAGCAGCUGGAGACCAACCAGCGAGAGCAGCUGCUUUUUCUAGCUUAGGACGACUUCAUCAUUUGUGCGGUGACUUAUCACGAUCCUUGAGUUACUUACAAUCUGGCUUAUCAUUAUCUGAAGGUUUAGGAAGAAGAGAAGAAGCAGCUAGAUUAAGACACAGACUCGGUCUUGUUCAUUGGGAAGCUAGUGAAGCAACAAUUGCUGUAGAACAUUUAGAAAAAGCUGCAAAUUUGUUGGAAUCGUUAGACGGAACUUCUUCUGUCCUAACUUGUGGACAACCAAAUAAAUGCGAGUUAUUAUCGGAAACGUAUAGAAUGUUACAGAAAGUGUUAAUCAAUUUAAAUAGAGCUGAAGAAGCUUUAAAUUGGGCAGAAAGAUCGAGACGUUCUAAAAGUAAUUGUUUGGACGACGCUGCGCAUUAUUCAGAAAUUAUUGACAGACAACGUGGAGUAAUAUUGUAUUAUAGUGAAGUAGGAUGCGAAUUACACGCUUGGUGCUUAGCCCCUGGUCGAGGUUUGUUACGGUUUCAUUCAUCUACUUUGGACGACGGUGUAGGAUUGGAAAAACGAGUUUUGCAGGCACGAGAAGCUCUCUUAGAUGAAACGAGUGAACUUGUCGAAGAAGCGAAAAUACCAUCACGAGGACAUCAUCUUAAUGCCAGCUCUUAUAGUUUAAGUAGUCUGUUUAGCGUGGGCUCGGUCAGCUCUCGAGCAGGAAGCGCUCGAUGGGGACGGGGAUCAAAAGGACCCACGUGGCAACCACCAGUGCCAAUUCAAGUACUUUACCAUUUACUUUUGGCUCCAUUCGAGGAUCUUUUACCACCUGCAAGAAAGGAAUUGAUAAUGGUAGUGGAGAAGUCGCUAUAUUUGGCUCCACUUCCAGCAUUACAAUCAAAUCCUGGAGAAGAUUACUUGUGCGAAAGAUUUUCCUUAUUAGUCGUACCAUCUCUUGCAGCUUUAAGGAAACGAUCAAAAACUCCUAUGCCAGAGGGUGGCGCCACGGUUGCUGCAUUAGUUGCAGGUAACCCAAUACUUUCUGAAGAACUCAGAGAAGAAUAUGGGUGGACUGAAAGUGUAUCCUCUACCGAAACGGAAUCUGAGAUAGUUGCCGAGCUAUUGGAAGCCCGUGCAUUAACUGGGGCAGAGGCAACUAGAUCGGCUGUUCUAAGAUCACUACCUGACGCAGAGUGUGUACAUUUGACAGUGCCAGUCUUUUGGAACUCUGGUAGUUUGGUAUUAACUGCCGAUCAAUGUGAAGAGGCUUCUGAAAGACCAGAAUAUUUAUUAAGUUAUACAGAUAUUGCAAAAUUGAGAAUAGCUGCACGAUUAGUUGUCAUAUCUAGUGGUCAUUGUUGGAAUAACAUAGAGAACACAACUGCUACAGCAGAUGGUGUACACAAUUUAGCUAAAGCUUUAUUAAAUGCAGGGGCACAAUGUAUACUUAUUGGAAUGUGGGCAGUUCCGCCCACAGCUGGCAGUAUUUUGUUACGAGCAUUUUAUAGUGCCAUGUUGCAAGGUGCUAGAGCAUCAAGAGCAUUAGCAGAAGCAAUGCAAACAGUCCAACAUACAAGACAUUUCGCUCACCCUGCAAAUUGGGCUGGUUGGCUACUUGUUGGUGGAGAUGCGAGAUUAUCAAACAAAGUCGCUCUAAUGGGUCAGGCGCUUGCUGAAUUACUGCGUGGUGGUCCUGAACAAAGCCGUGAUGCUUUACGUGUAACUCUUCAUUUAGUAGAAAAAUCAUUGCAGCGAAUACAUCGGGGACAGAAAAAUGCUAUGUAUACCACACAACGUAGCAUCGAAAAUAAAGUAGGUUCAGCCUCGGGAUGGCGAGAACUUUUAAUGUCAGUGGGAUUCAGAUUUGAGCCCGCCGGAAACGGAAUACCGUCUUCUGUAUUUUUCCCACAAAGUGAUCCCGAAGAGAGAUUAACAAGAUGUAGUGCUAGCUUGCAAGCGUUAUUAGGACUAGGACCGUCAUCUUUACACGCGCUUGCUAGGUUGUUACAGGCACCUGAAGCUGCAGAAGAUGUCAUUGCAGCAAUGCGGAGAGCUAGUUGUGCAACAGAAGGUCAAGAAGUUACAUUACCGGUGCAAGUAUGGAGAGUUUCAGGAUCCCACGAAUUGUUUGCGAGUUUAGGUUUUGAUCUAAUGGAAGUUGGUCAAUCGGAAGUAAUAUUGAGAACAGGAAAGCAAGCAUCACGAAGGGCUGUUCAAUUUGCUCUUCAAGCUCUUCUUGCUUUGUUUGAUACACAAGAAGCACCUAAAAGUUUGAGUUUAGACUCCAGUAGUUCAAUGGAGAGCCUAGCUUCUGUUCCUCAUACUGAGAAAAAUGUUAUAGAGCGACCUCGACUGGGAGGUGCAUUUGCGAAUUAUGUUCGACAUCGAGGAGAACCAGAUGGAAAAACUAUGGAACCACCGAAUGUUCAAAUACCUACAUCUCGUCAACCUUGUCAAAAUGGUGGAGGUGAAUCGGAUGUCGCCUUUACUCCAAGUCCUCCAGUGGCACUCAAUUUAAAUCAUCAAGCCCAUAUUAGAAAUCUUUAUCCUGAUCAAAGUAUAAGACCUGGAUCUAGUUCAAGCAGUUCGGUAACAGAUUGGGAUAGCGGUCAUGCGACUGUGUUAAGGAAACAACCAUUACCACCUCUACCAGCAACUAUCUUAGAGAGAUUAAGCGUUAGAACAGAAAUUGGGUCUAAUUCUCCAAGAAAACCGCGUCAUCCCACAGCCACUGAAGAUAUUUGCUCACAAUCUGAUUCUACGCCAUCUGCAGAAACGCAUAAUCAAAAUUUGAGAAAUGUGGCUACGUCUCUUACAAGUCUUACACGUGAAUUAACACCCACAAUUUCGGAAGUGUAUCACGAGCGUAAUUUAGGAUUAGGAUUAGCACCAUCUUUAUCAAAAUUACUAGAAGAAGUGGCUUCUGUUCCUGAAAACGAAGAACCUCAAUCAACGCGAACAAAUCACAGCCAGAGUCAAAAUUGGAUACAAACUGAGUCGGAGUUGUGUCGAAGGGACGAGGCUGAUGGUAGAUCUAUUGCUGAAUCACAAUGUAGUGCUACUAGCUCUAACAAAAUCCACCGCAAAGCUCCUCCUCCUCCGGUAUAGAUUAUUUAUAUAAUAUUUAUAAGUAUCAAAUGAUAUGUUAUGUGGAUAAUAAUAGUACUGGGUACCAAAGAAUGAAAGAUAUUUUAUUGGAAACAAAUUUUCAUUGUAUUGAAAUCCGGAUUGAACAUAAUCCAUACCAAUUGUUCGCUUUAUAACAAAAUUGUUCUACCCACACAAUAUUGUUUCAUACUUUUACAGAAUAAAAUUUAUCAACGUGUUAUCAGCUAAUGCUACUUAUAUUGAUGAUUAAUAAAAUUUAAUGUUAAGAGCAUAUUGAAUGCUACAUCACCCAAUGCUAUACCUAUAUUUGUUAAUGCAAAAAUGUACUAUAUUAUUACUAAGAUGAACUGUACAAUAAUGUUGUAUUGAAAUUUAAUAAUGCAAACACAUAUUUCCAUGUGGAAAAUGUGACUACUAAAUAAAAGGUAUGCAUUGCAGACUGAAAAUUAAUUAAAAAUUUUAAAGUAUAUCUCAGUAAAUUGUACUUUUUCCAUACUUAUAAACAUAUAAUUAUACGUGCUUGCUGUCUGGCAGCGUAUAGUGGACAAAGUGUAACAUGUACACGCCGAACUACAAUUUUGUGCGAGUUGAUUGGGUGUAAAUAAAAUACAUAAUACCUUUUAUAGAUCGUAGCUGUUACUGUACACCAUUACAAGAUUGUAGAGGGUGGUAAGGCAUCAUUUUAUAUGAGCGUUGAUCAGAGUCAGAGUAAGAAAGGCACAAUUACUGUAUGGAAAGAUUUAUGACAGAUCAUUAAUAUUGAGCAGGAAAUUAGAACUUUUGGGCAAUAUAUGUUUACCAGAAUAUUGUUCUGAAGUAAUUUGUAGGCCCUGAUUGUUUUCGUGACAUUUUAAUAAGGCUAAUUCGAAAAAUGUUAAAAAUAACACAUUCAAUCAUCCUUGUCAUAAAUCUACUAAUAUCGAAGACUUUGUAUGCUGUAACAAUAAUGUUGUUAAUAUUAUGAUUCCUUUCUCAAAUAAAGAUCAGGGUGUUCACAUU